AUGGUUUUCAAAACACUCGAUGUCGAGGGAGACCUGGCAGCUCAGGGCUAUCUCACACAUUCGUAUGACACUAUCAUUGCGGUCAAUGUUCUCCAUGCCACUAGAGACUUGAGCACCACGCUGCGCAAUGUUCGGUGGCUGCUUAAACCCGGUGGCUAUCUGCUACUCAACGAGACGACAGGGUCCCAAAGUCUACGUGCUACUUUUAACUUCGGGGGACUUGAGGGCUGGUGGUUGGCCGAGGAAGAGGAGCGUCGAUUCAGUCCACUCUUGUCUCCGGUGGACUGGGAUAUGCGACUACAAGACGCCGGGUUCCUGGGUGCCGACAAGAUCAUUCACGAUAUUCCUAAUGAGCCUAAACAACAAACAUCGUUGAUCGUCAGUCAGGCCGUGGACGCCCAACGCGAUCCGCUCUCCACGACGGCUGCACUCUCUCCUGUACAAGAGCCUGUGCUACUCAUCGGGGGCAAAACCCUCGCAACUUCCAAGCUGAUCAAGGAGGUUCAAGGGCUACUUCAUCGACAAUGCAGACGGAAUGUGAAGCGUGUUGAGCAUCUCGAAGGCCUUGAAGCAAAAAAACCUACUAUGGGUCACGAAUGCCCAGAGCUCCAACUCUCCCAUUCCCAGAGCGAGCAUGUUCCGCGGCAUCUCGCGCGUCAUGGCCGCCGAAAUGCCCCAGAUUCAUUCCCAAGUCUUUGGCUCGAAGCUGGCACAGCACCGACGAUUGCGGCGAGACACUUGGUCGAGGCGAUGCUGCGGCUACGGGAAGACACGGUUCUUAACGGUGGCGAUAAUAUUGACAAUGGAGAUCGCCACUUGCUGUGGUCGCACGAGCCCGAGAUUGACCUCCUCGCCAACGGCCAGAUGAUGAUUCCAAGGGUCAAGCUGGACAGCCCUCUAAACGAAGCCUACAACGCUUCGGCUCGAACCAUCACCAAGACAGUAGACGCCAAUCGUGUUCGCGUCCAAGUCGUGGCAGGACCAGACAAGAUGAAGCUUCAAUCUAUUGCCGAUACAACUUGGAUAAAUCCUGCAUCAAAUGCAGCCCGAGCUCCUGUCAUGGCUCCGUCAACAGAAAACGCAUCCAUCGUCGACGCUGAGCACACUGCAGUCGUCAAUCUCAACCACGACCAUCUUACGCCCGCCGUACUCCUCCACGCGGCGGCUUGCAUAGAUUCCCUGAUCAAGGACAAGGAUCAUCCGACAACGCCCCUUUACGGUGCGGAAAAAUCACUUGCUGACUUGGUUUCUGCGAGACUUGCGCAGCGGGGAGCUCAUGCAUACUUUGCCUCUUCCAGCGGUGAUGUUUCGGAGGACUGGCUCAAAAUACACCCACUAUGCAGCAAGUUCUCUGCCAGCAAGCUGAUUCCCUUUGGCGUCGGGGCAUUCAUUGACUGUCUUGGGUCUGCCGAGUCUGCUUCUGCAUCCAACGUGCUUCAAUCCUGUCUGCCCAGGAGUUGCAUUCUCCGACAACUCGACGCAGGUCUCAUUAAGCAGGCGUCGAAAGACGCGGCAACGCUGCGUGACGAUGCGUGUUCAUACGCCAAGACAGCCAAAAUACCCGAGUCGAGCCAGCAUACCAAUGUCGUUGUAAUUCCAGCCGCCGAGCUGGCGGGCGCGCACACACACGCUCUCAGGAACAAGACAUAUGUCACGGAUUGGCAGACCCAGGACUUUCUCCUUGUUACAAUACCCUCCCUUGAAACUCAGGGCCUGUUUAAAGCAGACAAGACCUAUCUCAGGUUGGGAGCGGCAGGCGGCCUGGGUACAUCUAUAUGCCACUGGAUGCUCUAUAACGGUGCGAAACAUGUCAUAAUAACCAGCCGUAAUCCCCAAGGCGACCCGGGCAUGCUGGAAGCAGCACGCCUCUGUGGCGCGACGGUAAGAGUUGUCCAAAUGGACGUCUGCAGCAGGCCAUCGAUUGAUCAUGUCAUCGAUCAUAUACGAGGUACCAUGCCUCCUAUCGCAGGGGUAUGCAAUGCAGCCAUGGUCUUGUCUGACAAGCUCUUCCUCGACACGAAUAUCGAUCAAUUCAACAGCGUGCUUGGCCCCAAGGUCGAUGGCAUUAAGCAUCUUGACUCCAUUUUCGCCAACGAGUCUCUCGAUUUCUUCGUUGUCUUGGGUUCUCUUGCUAGCAUCGCCAAAAACGUCGGCCAGUCCAACUACCACUGGGCCAAUCUUUUAAUGGAAAGCCUCGUUGCCCAACGCCGAUCAAGGGGUCUCGCAGCGUCUAUUAUCCACAUUGGCUAUGUUUGCGAUGCGGGAUACGUGGCGCGCCACAGCAAAGUCAAUCCUCAAAACGAAAGUAAGCGUGAAGAUCUGCGAUCAACAGAUUUAUCAGAGACGGAUGUCCAUUAUGCUUUUGCUCAGGCUGUACGAGGCCGGAACCCGAAGAGCACCUGCGGCUCUCACAACAUCAUCAUGGGCAUUGAGCCACCUACACAUCCUCUGGAUCCAACCAAAAGGCAGGCAAUCUGGCUGUCCGACCCUCGCUUGGGCCACAUGGUGCCCCCAAGCUCACUUCAGAGUCAAAGGGAGGAGAUUGAGCAUACUUCAGCUACCUCCAGUAGUGUCAAACAGCAGGUCAAUAAGGCACAGACAGAGAAUCACGCCGUCUCGAUUGUGCUCAAAGCCUUUUGCAACAAGCUCGAGUCAACCCUGCUUUUGCCACCAGGUAGUAUCGAGGAGGAUAACGUUCAAAGACCAGUUAUCGACUUGGGUAUCGACUCCCUUGUAGCCGUCGAGAUUCGUACCUGGCUCCUUAGGGAGCUGGGUGUGGAAAUACCCGUGGUGAAGAUUCUUGGAGGUGAUACAGUAGCUCAACUCUGCGCAUCGGUGGUCAAGUUGAUGGCGAGGAACAAGAAUAAGAUGGCUCAGGUCCGAGAAGUGCCACAAGAGAGCCCUACGUUGCUACUUAACCUGGAGGGCAAGGCAACUCCAAAGAUGGACGCAGCAAUAGAGGCUUCUGCUGGCGUCAUUGAAGCCUAUGGCAUGCAAGCUCUCGACAAGAAUGCUACAGGCUCGUAUCUCGACUGGACCGAGAUGCAACUCUUGCAGGAUGUUUCAGAGGCAUUGGAAAGGCCGCUGGCGAUUUGGGAGGCCGAAUUCAAGACUCUCCCCGAGGCUCUCCCACCUCUUCCGAUGGCAUUGGUCCUGCUAGCACGUCUAGCCAAUACUGAAGAUGUUUGUAUCGGUAUCGUCGACGCAAAUCGACGCGAUGCUCGCUCUGCUCAGAUGGUGGCCUGCUUCGUCAACAUGCUCCCGCUUCGGUCUCGCGUGUCCGGUAAAGCUACCCUGGAAGACAUUGCCAGAGCGGCGUUUCGCAAGGCCCUUUUGGCUUUCGCCCAUGGCUCCGUUCCUUUGGACAAGAUUCUCGACAGGGUCAAGGCUCCCAGGUCUACCGGGGCCACGCCACUGUCCCAGGUCGCCAUGAACUAUCGUCCCAACACAACCAUGGCCUGGGACAUGACACUGGGAAACGAGUGUCAGAUGGAGCUUUCACCAUAUGAUAUCAAAAAUGCUGACAGUCACUUCAUCAGCGUGCUUAUUUCAGAGAUUGUUGGCGGAGGGUUAGGAAUAGAACUUUAUUGUCAGAAGGCCUUGUACACUUUGGAAGGUAGCCAGGCACUGCCAGACUCGUAUUUGCUCGUCCUUGAAAGCUUCACAUCCGCCCCGGCCCAACGCGUUGAUGAAUGCGUCGUCUACAAUCCGAUCGAGGUCGACCAGGCGAUCAAGCUUGGGAAAGGUCCUGAAAUGGAUUUCGGAUGGCCAGCCACUAUGUCUGAGAGAAUAAUGGACAUGUGUCACUGCACCACUCUAGCUGCCAAUGUUCAUGACGCGGCAAACGCAGUCCUCGCGGCCGGGUGUGUUGUCGAUUCCCGCAUUGCGGUUCUCUGCGACCCAACUGUUGACGCAAUUGUCGCCAUGCUGGCUAUCCUCCACAUUGGUGCCGUUUACGUACCCCUAGACUCAAGUUUACCCAGGGGUCGACACUCAGCCAUGAUUUCAAGCAGCAAACCAGAACUUAUAGUCUCUCAGGAAGCAACCCAUGAACGUGUCCAGGAUCUAAGACGAGUUGUCAGCGUUGAGUGGCCAGGCGUUGAGUGUCGUAUUGACAAAAUCUGGGUGUCCCAAGAAAGACGUUCAAAUCUUGGGGAAGCAACAGUGUCAGAGCCUCGUACAAUCGAGCCUAACAGUCCAGCCAUCCUUCUGUAUACGAGCGGCUCGACAGGGAUUCCCAAGGGCGUAGUGCUCUCACAGGCGAAUUUUGCCAACCACAUUGCCCUGAAUUCAAAUAUUCUCGGCCUGGGCCGCGGCCAGUGUGUGUUGCAGCAGAGCUCCCUGGGGUUUAACAUGUCCUUGGUGCAGACGAUUUGUGCCCUAGCCAACGGGGGCUGUCUCAUCAUAGUGCCGGCAGAUGCGAAGCGCGAUCCGGUCGAGCUGACGAGUUUAAUAUGCCACCACAAGGUCUCUUUGACGAUUGCCACUCCGUCCGAAUACCUUACUCGGCUGCAAUACGGGACCAAGUCACUUAAGCAGAACACGGCAAGGAGGCAUGUGUGCUUGGGUGGUGAACCAGUUAGUCAACAGUUGAAGUACGAGAUACGUCGCCUUGAUCUCAAGGACUUGACACUAACAAAUUGUUAUGGACCUACGGAAAUUACUGCAGCGGCGUCAUUCAAAGCAAUCCACCUGGGAGAACAUGGGGAGCAGAUCAAGGACGAAUGGGCCAGAUACGCUGUCGGUAAAGCGCUUCCAUAUUAUUCUUUGCGAAUUCUGGGUCCUGCUCGCCUGCCCCUGCCUGUAAAUCAUACCAGCGAAAUUUGUAUUGGUGGUUCAGGGGUGGCGUUGGAGUACUUGGGUUCGUCAGAGGAGACUUUGAACAAGUUUAUUCUAGACGAGGGCCAGCGGUUUUACUGCACCGGCGACAAAGGACGUCUGCUUCCCGACGGUACUUUGUUAUGCUUUGGCCGUCUCGAAGGCGAUAACCAAGUCAAACUGCGUGGUCUCCGAAUAGAGCUAGAGGGGGUCGAAACAGCCCUUAUCCAUGCAUCUGGUGGCCUAUUCCAUGGCGCCGUUGCCUCACGCCGUGGCGAUGUACUUGUCGCCCAAGUUACAUUGUCUCCUGGGGAAAGAGCAAAUAAUGUUGGAGAUGAGGAGAUUACGACGAUCCUGAGACAGCUAACAAAGGUACUGCCGCAGCAUGUUGUCCCGGCCGCCAUUGUCAUCCUUCCGCAACUGCCAACCAACGCGAAUGGCAAACUCGAUCGUAAGGCCAUCGCUGCUCUGCCUUUGCCUCAGAGGGUUUUGCCCAAAGAAGGCACCAGUCGCAUUGGGCCAUCUUCGGACUUCUUCUUGAGCGGUGGCAACUCGCUACUUCUCAUGAAGUUGCAGGCAGCUAUUCGUGAGUCCAUGGGUAUAUCUGUAUCAACAAAGGCCCUCUAUCAAGCCAGCACUCUUGAUAAAAUGGCCCGACAUAUUCAUGAACGGCGACAGAUCAUCGUCAAGAUUGCUUGGAGGACGCGCUUCGAAGUCGUCGACAGAGACAAGGGGAGGUUUGCCAGCGACCAAGCUCGAUUGCAGGGCCAGUUCCAAGAUAGUGUUCCACAGUCGAAGGCGCAUCUCGAUGAUAAGCUUUGA